AUGUUGUUCAACAAGAAAUUCGUAUCUAUAACAGCAAGCUUCUUUCUUGCUGCCAGUGCUUCAGUAGACGCAUAUCAAUUCUCGCCUCAGGUUGCAUUGCAAAAUGCCCGCUAUGAAAGCCAAGGAUUUCGCAUUUUGAGCAGUGAGCAUGUCGAUAACUACUCGAUUAGAAUCAAGCAACCCAAAUCAUGCGAAAGUGGUGUCCAGUACUCUGGCUACAUUGACAAACAUGAUUCCAACGAUCAUUUCUUCUUCUACUUUUUCGAAUCACGAACAGACCCUGAAAAUGACCCUACUGUCUUGUGGUUGAACGGUGGACCUGGCUGCUCUUCCAUGAUGGGAUUAUGGAUGGAAUUGGGUCCCUGUCAAGUCAACGAACACGGCAACGGUACCAUCAGAAACCCGUACAGUUGGAAUACUGCCGCCAAUAUUGUAUUUUUGGACCAGCCUGUGAACGUAAGCUACAGUUAUGGUGAUACCAAAGUACGAAACACAGAGGAGUCCGCUCGGGAUGUUUAUGCAUUCUUGCAACUCUUCUUUGCCGAAUACACUCAAUAUGCCAGCAAUCCGUUCCAUAUCUCUGGUGAAUCCUACGGCGGACACUACUUGCCUGCUAUCUCUACCGAGAUCAUUCGCAACAACAAGGUAGCCAAAGAAAAGAAUUUGAUUGAAAUCAACUACGAGUCCAUGUUGAUUGGCAAUGGCUGGACUGAUCCUCGUACACAAUUUAAAGAGUAUGCUUCUUAUGGCUGUGCCAAUGACAGUGCUCUUUACAAGCCCCUGUUUGAUGAAAAGACCUGUGACAAGAUGGUGAAUUCCUAUGCUCGUUGUCGCCAGUUGCAAGAUGCUUGUUACAAAAUGCCUAGCUCGAUUACCUGUGUACCCGCUGGUCUUUACUGUGAGAAAACACAAACAGGUGCUUUCGACAAGACGGGUUUGAAUCUCUAUGAUAUUCGUAAAAAAUGCGAGGGCGACUCUGGAUUAUGCUAUGAUUUGAUCGAAUCCAUUCAAGUAUAUGCCAAUAGAGAGGAGGUCAGAGAAUCGCUUGGCGUGGAUGAAAAGGCUGGAAAAUACACAGGCUGCAGUGAUUCAGUGGGUUACAGAUUUUAUCAAACGGGCGAUGGCUCAAAAGAUUACAGUGGACAUGUUGCAGAGACAUUGGAAGCCGGUGUUCGUGUGUUGCUCUACGUCGGUGAUAUGGAUUGGAUCUGUAACUGGAUGGGCAACUUGGCUUGGAGUUUGGAGAUGGAAUGGGCUGGAAAACAGGGCUACAACGACGCUCCCAAGGAAAAAUGGUUCAGUGAUCUUACUGGAAACCAUGCUGGUGAUGUUCGCACAUUUGAUAAAUUGACCUUUUUGCGAAUCUUUGAUGCUGGGCACAUGGUUCCUUAUGAUCAGCCAGAGAACGCCCUGGAUUUCUUUAACAAAUGGCUCACUAACAGCUCAUUAAUAAACUAA